AUGGAGGUUGUAGGAAGAUGUUCGGUUGAUGUGGUGUUAGUCUCCCGAUGUGAUGACAGUGGUGACCAAUACAUAGGUGAUUACUGUAAAAAAAUCAUUACUCUUUCUACUCUCCUCGCCAAUCUUCAAAACCCAGUACCUGAAAGAACUUUAGUUACUCACCUUCUCAAUGGUCUUUCACCCCAGUAUGAACCAGUUGCUCUAAUCCUACGCCACAGAGACCCCUUCCCUUCAUUACUCCAAGCCCAAUCAGCCCUUGUGGCCGAGGAGCAACGCCUCAAGAGAACUCGCCCAAAACAACAACCAUCGCAUACUGAUAAUGCCUCCUCACCGACGGUUCUCUACACUGCCGAUCAGACCCAAUGCUCUAGUGGUUCUCGUGGUGGUCGCUCAUCAUGUGGCGGUCGUAAUGCUCGUGGUAGUCAUCCAUCUGGUAAUAAUCUCGCUACUCCCUCACAAAACCAAAUACCUCACUACCCAUGGACUGUUUCCCCAUUGUGGCCACCAUACACUUGGGCUAAUCCCGCCUACUGGGCCACCUACCGACCCGCUAGACCAACUCACUUCAAUCAGUAUCGUAAACCAGCCCCACAGCAGCCUCACGAUGGCCUUUUGGGCCCCAGUCCGUCGACUCCAACAACACCACAGGCUGCGUUUCACACCACCAACUCACCUGGUCUUGCUACUCCGCAACAGUUGCUCCCUCCAAUGACACAAGACCAACCUACUGGCUACUGA